AUGUCUGCUAUGUCACAAUAUGCAACGAAGGUCCAUGAGGGAAGGUGCAGAAAGCAGCCCAGCGCCACCGCUCCAGUGAUAGCUGCCAAACUGUCGAACCUGCUCAGCCGCUGCCGUCCUAUCAGUGUGGAACCCGCUACGGAAGGCCGGUCAAGUGUCGCACAACUCGCACAGUCACGUCUGGCACAGAUGCCAUGGUGCUACCAAGCUCCUCUACGACAUGCGCAACAAACUAGCCCAGAGACAAUGCAAAAUGAUCAGCCAAACGUCGAAGAAGAAGACCACUGUGGCACAUUAGAAAGGGGCACUCCAUACCUGGACUUCUUGGCACGACUGACUGAGCACCUCGUUCACCAGCCAGACCUCUCAGAUGAAGCCCUCCAUGGAGCCUGUGAAAAGUACAUUGCCAGAGAAGCCAACGGACUUGACCAGGAAGUCCUAUGGAACCUGGUGUGGGAACUGUUUCCAGAACUGUAUAAGUGGAAGCACCCAGCAUGCUGAGACAUCAACAACAAAGCCAUAUGGGUCAGCAAGAAGUUUGGCAGCAGUGCAGUGGCUCGACUGCGCAGAAUGAUACAUUUAUUCCCUGUGGCUGGCUGUAAAGUUCUGGCAUGCCAGUGCAAAGCCAGGAAUGUUGUUCGACCAGAACACUCUGUGGGUCCUCUUGAAGAGACUUUCUUCCUGGAAAUGCUUCAUCGGAAACACCGGGAAUCCUGAAGCCUCAAGGCGGCACUGUG